AAGUUCAACUCAUCUCAUCAUUUAUAGAUAUAGAAACCCAUCUUCUUCAUUCUUUUCCACACAAAAAAUAAGAAAAAUGUCUGCAUUUCGCCUAAACUCCAUCAUCAUCUUCUUCCUCCUCAUCCUCAUCACUAAUCCAUCCAUCUCCAUAAACUUCACAUACACCGGUUUCAACGAAACCGUUGAAACCCAACUCGAAUAUCAAAACGGAGCAACCGUCGACAAAACCGGAGCCUUAAAACUCACCGGUUUCUCCAUAAACGACACCGGCCAAGCUUUCUACCCUUUUCCGAUCAAAUUCUUUUCAAGAAACUCCACCAAUUCAUCCCCAAUCAACGUAACUUCAUUCAGCACCUACUUUAUCUUCUCCAUCGUCUCUCCCGUCGGCCAUCGCGGCGGCCAUGGCCUAGCCUUUACUCUCUCGCCGGAAAAGAAGUUCGCCGGUGCUGAAGCCGGCCACUACAUGGGUAUCUUUAACUCGUCCAACGAUGGUUCUUACUUGAACCAUAUUGUGGCGGUGGAAUUCGACACGGUUAACGGAUACAAUGAAGGAACCGACACAGAUGGUAAUCAUAUUGGGAUCAAUAUAAACGGGAUGGCUUCAAUUGCGACAGAACCAGCUUCUUAUUAUGUUAAGGAAACGGAUAAGAAGGAAGAAGUUUAUAUGGAAACAGGGGAUCCAAUUCAAGUUUGGAUUGAUUUUGAUGGGGAGAAAAAGAUUCUUAAUGUAACAGUUGCUCCUCAUCUUGUUCCUCGGCCGAUCAAACCGUUGAAAUCGCGGGAUAUUGAUCUAUCGGAGAUACUCACGGAGGAAGUUUACGUGGGGUUUUCGGCGGCGACGGGGAGGAAAACGAGUUCGCAUUAUAUCUUAGGUUGGAGUUUGACCUUAAAUGGACUGGCAGCUCCUAUUGAUCCUUCCUUAUUGCCAAUUCCUCCAAAACCGAAGAGAUUGACCGGUUUUAGCCUCGUGGUGAAGGUUCUUCUCGGUGCAUUGGCAACUUCAAUUGUGCUGUUAUUUGCGGCUCUAGUGUAUCUUAUUGUUUAUCGAAUAAAAGUGGAGGAAUCCGAUAGGUUGGAGGAAUGGGAAUUGGAUUAUCCUCAUAGGUUUAAGUAUAAUGAUCUUUGUUUAGCUACUAAAGGGUUUAAGGAAAGUGAGCUCAUUGGAAGUGGGGGAUUUGGAGCGGUUUAUAAAGGUGUUUUACCUAGUACGGGAUCAUUGGUUGCGGUUAAGAAGAUUAAGAACAAUUCGAUUCAAGGGAUGAGGGAAUUCGUGGCGGAGAUCGAGAGUUUGGGGAGGUUAAGGCAUAAGAACUUGGUGAAUCUUCAAGGUUGGUGCAAGAGGAAAAACAAACUUUUACUUGUGUAUGAUCAUGUGUCGAAAGGGAGCCUUGAUACAUUGCUUCUUAGGCCGAUGAAUGGUUUUGUCUUGAGAUGGGAUCAACGGGUGAGAAUCAUGAAGGAUGUCGCGGCCGGGCUAUUGUAUCUUCACGAGGAAUGGGAGCAAGUUGUAAUUCAUCGGGAUGUUAAGCCGAGUAAUGUUCUUGUUGAUGGCGAGAUGGGUGCUCGGUUAGGUGAUUUCGGCUUGGCUAGGUUGUAUGACCAUGGACAAAAUUCAAAUCCAACCAAAGUUGUUGGCACAAUUGGGUACAUUGCCCCGGAGUUGGCGAAAACCGGGAGAUCUUCCACGAGUUCGGAUGUUUUCGCGUUUGGGGUGGUUGUCAUUGAACUUGUGUGCGGGCGGGGCCCCAUCAUUUCUGUUGAUCGCGAACAAAUCAUGUUGGUUGAUUGGAUAAUUGAUCGGAUUCAAGCGGGAGAAACCGGGAUGAAUGGUUUUGUUGAUCCGAGAUUGGGAGGAGAAUAUGUAGUAGAAGAAGUAGAGAAGUUUUUAAAACUCGGGCUUGUUUGUUGUCACCCGAGUGUAAGAUGUAGGCCUAGUAUGAGACAAGUGACACGAUACCUAGACGGGGAUGACUCGAUUCCUCGGAUGGACGAGACAUUCCGAGACGCGAUCUCGGGACAUGUUGGUGGAUCUAAACCAAGUUAUUUUGGGGUGGUGGCAAUGUCAAGUGAUGGUGGUGGAUGCUUAUGUUCAAAUAAGUCAACUUCUUCUUAUGGGGAUAUGUCUUUUACUUCACAACAAUUUGGUAGAUAGCCAACCAACCACAUAUUUGUUAGGUUGAAUUCUUUUAACUUGUAAAAUAUGUAAUCUUGAAGUUCUUGCUUCAAAAGCAAAUGUAAUUUCAUUGACUUAAUUUUCAAGUACUUUCAUAAAAGAUGGUGUUCGAUUAAGUUUAG